AUGGCAGCUCCGCCUUCUCGAGCAGUCGUCUUCUUCUUCAUCUUCUGCUCCGUAUGGGUGGCAUUAGCGCAAAACUCUCCUCCUACUCCGCCACCGCCUCCGCGGCUGUUCUCCGGCAUCGAGCUCACAGCCCUCUUCAGCCUCCGCUCCUCGCUGGGGCUCCGGGCGAGGGACUGGCCGAGGAAGGUGGACCCCUGCGCCGCCUGGGUGGGAGUCCGAUGCCAGGGAGGAAGGGUGGUGGCACUCAACAUCUCCGGCCUCCGGCGGACCAGGCUAGGGCGUCUUUCCCCGCGAUUCGCCGUCGACGGCAUCCAGAAUCUCACUCGCCUCGCCGUCUUCAACGCAUCAGGCUUCGCGCUGCCGGGGCCAAUCCCCGAAUGGUUCGGCUCCCGCCUCCCCACCUCGCUCGCCGUCCUCGACCUUCGUCGCUGCUCCGUCUCGAACUCCAUACCCUUCUCCCUGGGGAACGCAAAGGGGCUCCGCGAGCUCUACCUAGCCGGGAAUCUCUUGACGGGGAACUUGCCCUCCUCCCUCGAGGGGCUUUCCAACCUCACUAUUCUGGAUCUCUCUGCGAAUUCUCUAUCCGGACCAGUCCCCGCUCAGCUCGGAAAUCUCUCAUUACUUGUUACUCUGCAACUCGGCGUCAAUUUCCUGUCUGGGAGCAUCCCCGAGGAGCUCAGGAACCUUCGGAGCUUGCUUGAAUUGGACUUGAGCAGCAACUCUUUGUCAGGUCCUCUGCCGGAAACCCUCUUUCCGGGCCUUCGUCUUCUCCGAUCACUGAAGCUGGAUCACAACAGUUUCUCCGGUCAAGUGCCGAAUUCCUUGUGGGCUCUGACAAAUCUCCAAUUCCUCGACCUCUCCUACAACAAUCUCAGCGGCAGUCUACCUGAGGCAAUUCCCAACGCCAACGCCAACGCCAGCUCCAGGGUCCUGAACAUGUCUCACAAUUCUUACUAUGGAUACGUUCCUGAUGGGGUGGAGAGCAUUCUCCGGAGAUUCGAUCUGGUGGAUCUCUCAGGCAACUAUUUCCAAGGCCAAGCACCUUCCGAUCCAUCUCGGAAUGCUUCUUUCGAAUCCAACUGCUUCAACAACACCCUGAACCAGCGAAGCUAUGAAGAUUGUGCCAAGUUUUAUGCUUCCAGAGGAUUGACGUUCCCUCCUUUUGGACCAACCACGAACACGUCUCGCCCAGAUGGAGACUCUGGCUCUAACAGGCGCCAGACGUACAUUUUGGCUGGUGUAUUCGGUGGCAUUGGCCUCUUGGUGAUUCUGGUUCUUCUUCUAUUCUGUUUCUGGAUGAGGUGUGGAGCUGUCGCAGCUGAGCAGAAGGAGGUCACUGGGAGUCCCCCUGCAGCUGGAGGGGAGGCUCCCCCAUCAGCCAUAUCUGUAAAUAUCUCGGCUGUAGGGGAUUCCUUCACACUUGAGCAGAUGCUUCUGGCGACAGGGAACUUCGGAGAGUCAAACCUCAUCAAACGUGGGCACUCCGGAGAUAUCUACCAGGGUUUCCUGGAAGGUGGGACUCCAGUGGUGGUUAAGAGGAUCAAUCUGGAAGAGUCUAAGAAGGAAACAUAUCGGGUUGAGCUGGACUUCUUUGCCAAAACUUCCUCUUCCCGAAUUGUCCCCUUUGUAGGGCACUGUUUGGAGGAUAAUCAGAAGAUCCUCGUGUAUAAAUACAUGCCAAACCGUGACUUGUCCAGCUCACUGUUUCGGAAAUCAGGGCAGGAAGGAGAGGGCCUGCAAUCACUAGAUUGGAUAACUAGAUUGAAGAUUGCGAUCGGAGUUGCCGAGGCUCUAUGCUACUUCCACCAUGAGUGCUCACCUCCCCUUGUUCACAGGUACUUCUUGACUUUGCCAACAUAGUUAUGACAGACAAGUAUGCAUUCUAGAGCUUCUUUGUGCCUUGUCUUUUUUAUUGCAUCAUUAGCAAAUCAUUAGAGAUUUGUGUCCAGUUUUGGUCUCAUUAAUCGCACAGAUUACAGUUACACUCGAAUCAGGAUUUGGUAAUCUGUUCAUGUCUGUUCCUUGAGUUGCAGCUGGCUUAAGAGCCUCUGCUAUGCGAUUUGUGGUAGAUCAAAGUUCAGGACUUUGGAAAAAUAUUAUUUAUAUCAUUCAAUUCCUCCCCUGUGUUAUGUAGAGUUUCCCUUUCCAACAAAUUCUUAGUGGAGGCUCUUUGGAAAGGUUGAACAUGAGCUGCAUGAUUUAAAAACUGAUGCCUUAGGGGCCAUGUUAGCACACUUCAUCUGAAUGUGAGCUGUAAACCUAAAAAUCAAUUAUAUAAUUUCCAUUGACAAAUAUAAUCUCUGUCUUUUUGUUGUUUGUGCUACAGAAACAGAUGUUUUAAUGAGUCUUGUCUGUUGGAUAGGAGGGAUUGUAUGAACUUCAACGCGUAACAGUACUUCUUUUUUUCCCUGGUAAUUGUAGAGAUAUUCAAGCAAGUAGCAUCCUUCUUGAUGAUAAAUUUGAAGUACGUCUGGGAAGCUUGAGUGAAGUGUGUGCUCAAGAAGGGGAACCACACCAGAGUGUCAUCACCAGAUUCCUUCGAAAGUGAGUUCCACAACAACAUUCUUUUAUUCAUGUUCAUCCUGAUGAAUAUCUUGAAAUAUCUGUUCAAUCUAUAAUGGCUCCGUGAUUUGGUUUCUUCUCUUUUCUCUCGUAUCCGUGUUACAACGAUGGCCUGAUGUUCUUGGGUUUGAGAUAUCAUCUUGAUUGGCUUACUGUUGCUGAUUUACAACCCACAGUGUGCACUCCUAACAAGGUAACCUGAAAAGUUGGAGUGAGAUCCAAUCGUUCUCAUUAGUUUCUGGCCGGUGGAGGAAUCCCGUGGCUGGUAUUGAUAUGGUGAAAAGCUGUCAUCUUGGUGGGUCAGCUUGUCUUACCCACUCAUAGACUUGGUUGAUUGGCCAUGGCCGUGGCCACUCCUACGACUGUACAUUGCUAGAAUAUCUACUGAUAAGUUGAUUGCUGCUGCGUUCUCUGAAAUAUAGUUUCUUCUUUGUGACCAAUGAAUUUGUUUCUUCUUUGUUUUCUAUACUAAAUGCCCCCCCAAAAUUAUACCACAUUAGUAUAUUUGGUUGAUCUGAUUCCAAUCCCUAUCUGGAUCAGAUUGUACCUAGCUAAUUCGAUCACUCUGCCUGAUUCUGUGUAGUAUGGCAAAAUUUCAUCUCUGUCAUGUGAUGCUUCUGCGGGUACACUUGAAGUCAUCCAAGUGGGUUGGAAUAUAGUUUUCUUAUACAGGUCUCUAAUUUAUGAAUGAUCAGAUAUAUUUUCAAAAAAUGAUAUUUUAGGAAAAUUCAACCUCUGAAGGGGCUGCUGUAGAUUUUAGAUAUGUUUAUUUUAGUCCAACUGAAGCGUUGACAUCGGUAUACAAAAGGAAAGAAUGCCCCCCUUUCCUGGAAUGUUGGAACGCACGGAAGCUGUGUACUUUCCUUUUCAAAUGGUUAGCUUUCCAUACGUCACUUGAGUUGCCUUCAGGAUUAGAAGUGUUCAAUUGGGGAUUUCAUUCAAGAUUGAAACGUUAGAAGACCAAGCUGCCUUCAGGAGGAGUCUGGGGUAUCUGUCAGGCAUUCCUCUGCUACAUCUGAUGUUGCUUUUAUUGUCAGUUAUCUCGUUUUCUUUCUCUGUAUGGUAUCAGAACCAGCAUUAAUAGCUUUGUCCUCGUGUUUUUUCUUUCAUUUAUUUUAAAUGCGGCUACCUCUGACAAGUAAAAAUUAUUGCUUGACAUGAUUCAUUGAACUGAUGCAAUUUCUUCAUUACCUGCAGGGCAUCUGAACAAGGAGCUUCAGGUAUGUGGGGAUUCCCAUAUUCGUACUCUUCUCAUUCCAGAUUAAAUCCGUUGUAUGGAGAUUAAAUCCCUUCUGGUCGCUAAAUUUUCAGGCUCGGCAUCUGCAACCUGUGCUUACGACGUGUAUUGCCUGGGGAAAGUCCUGCUCGAGCUAGUGACCGGCAAGCUCGGGAUUAGUGGGUCUAACGAUGCUGCCACAAAUGAAUGGCUGGAGAAGACUCUGCCCUACAUUAGCAUCAACGAGAAGGAGCUUGUGACGAAGAUUCUGGACCCAUCGCUGGUUGUCGACGACGACCUUCUGGAGGAAGUGUGGGCGAUGGCGAUUGUGGCCAGGUCCUGCCUAAACCCCAAGCCUUCCAAACGCCCACUUGUCAGGUACAUCUUGAAGGCCUUGGAGAACCCGCUGAAGGUGGUGAGGGAGGAACCCUCCACCUCUGCCCGCCUGAGGACCACGUCCUCCCGAGGUUCCUGGAAUGCGGCCCUCUUCGGGAGCUGGCGGCAGAGUUCAUCGGACAUAACCUCCUUGCCUGGACCCUCAAGGGAGGGGACUAGUUUCAAGAUUUCCGGCACUGUGGGCUCCCAAGGCAGUAAUGGAGAACACUCGUUUUCUCGCCGAAAACCGUCCAAGGAGAUCUUCCCGGAGCCCUCUGGAGGAGGUGACCUCGACAUGGACUGA